AUGGCUACCAAAACAUUGGAGGCACGCUUCGAACAUCUCACAGUGCACGAUGAGAAUGAAGCACCAACAGGCUCUAUGCUCAAGUCGAAGGCGGCCUGUCAAGGAACCAUCGCGAGUCUUCCUUCUAACCCGUCGAGACCAAACCUAGUAAAAUAUGCUCUCCAGGCCUCGAACGAAUCGAGACAGAACGCUGCACAAAUCACUACAAUCACAACCACGACAACAGUCCCUACGCUUCCCCCAUCUCCCGUGCGGAAAGCUGUGGCAUCGUUGCGUACCACUGAGGACAAGGACAACAAUGAUUCAGCGCAUCAACACGUGUCCUCGCUGAACUUCUUUGACCAGCCGCAAGCUCCCAAACAGUUCCACCUGGGCAUGUUCGAGAUUGGCAAGCCUCUGGGCAAAGGGAAGUUCGGACGUGUCUACCUCGCCAGAGAAAGGUCAUCGGGAUACGUCUGCGCUUUGAAGGUCCUGCACAAAUCCGAACUGCAGCAGGGCAAAGUCGAGAAGCAGGUUCGGCGCGAAAUCGAGAUCCAGUCCAACCUGAGGCACCCCAACAUUCUGCGGCUGUUCGGGCAUUUCCACGACAGCAAAAGAAUAUUCCUCAUCCUCGAGUUUGCUGGCAAAGGAGAGCUUUACAAGCAUCUCCGCAAGGAAAACCGAUUUCCCGAGUGGAAAGCAGCGCAAUACAUUGCGCAGAUGGCUGCGGCUCUCAAGUACCUGCACAAGAAGCACGUCAUGCACCGAGACAUCAAACCUGAAAACAUCUUGUUAGGGAUUCACGGUGAGAUCAAGGUCUCUGACUUUGGCUGGUCGGUUCACGCUCCAAACAAUCGAAGGCAGACCAUGUGCGGCACGUUGGAUUACCUUCCACCGGAGAUGCUCAAGCCUGGCAGUUCCGACAACUUCUACACUGAGAAGGUCGACCUCUGGAGCUUAGGCGUGCUCACCUAUGAGUUUCUGGUGGGCGAGGCACCAUUCGAAGAUACGCCAAUCAUGACCCAGAGAAGAAUUGCUCGAGGCGACAUGACUGUGCCGAGCUUUGUGAGUACCGAAGCCAAAGACCUAAUCCACAGACUACUUGUUCUUGACCCUGAGAAGAGAAUCCCUCUGGACGAUGUCCUUCGACAUCCCUGGAUUGUCAAGCACUGCGUGACCAAGGGCGGGGAGCGUGGCUCACAAAGAGCGUCGGGCAGCAAAGGCUCGAGCUCAGAGCAGUGA